CAAAACAGGCUGUAAAUCCAGCAAUAGCGGUAAUCGUUUGGUCUCGCGGAUCAGAGACCGGAAGCAGUGGCCCAGACCGUGUGAUAUAAACAGGAAGUGACAAGCGAGCACGGUAAAAGGAAUCUCGUGGGCACCAACCAAUGUUUUCUCCACUAAAUUCUUUCCUAGAAUUUUUUUCUAUAACGUAUGUACUUGCGUUAACAAUUUGAAAUGUGUUGAUGACUUAGAAAAAGAACAAAAAUAAAAAAAGUGAUCAACAAGUAAAGCUCGCGCCACCUCCCCCGCGAAGAGCUCCCAGACCGACCACUAUGCUGUCACGAUUCUGUUGACGAUUCUGCCGUAUGCAAAGAAGCAUGCGUACUAGGAUGGAAGCGGUGGAAAAGUAACAUGCUCGAUCAGUUACUAUAAUUAGAGAGCGAUUUGUAAUGCCCAUCAAAACAUUGAGUGUGGUUACAAAAGCUGCUCAAUAGCCUUCAUUUUGAAGACGGAGUGUUGAGUCAGAAGAUUUGUUGGCUUGAAACAACAACAGCUUUCACAGAAAAGGAACAAAAGGCAUGAAAUAUCACUGGACGUUGGUCGACUUUUGUUGCACGUUGGCGCGUCGUUGUUUUGUUUGUGCCUUAUUCACUGGUGUUCUCUUACAUGUAGUUGGUGGAGAAUCUGAAUGUGGUGGUGAUAUACACCUCAAUAAAACAGUAUCUAUUAAAUCACCUCAACAUCCAGAUUUUGCUCCUCGUGGCAUCAAGUGCUCGUGGAGAAUAUGGAGCAUUGGCAAAAAGUCAGUUGUCGUGCAAGGCAUUAACCUUAAUUUUGGCUCAGAGAUCAAAGAUGACUGUGACAAUGGAAUGCUUGAAAUUUUUAAUGGUUGCAACAAAGAUCGCUUUCUGGUUGAGAAGAUAUGUCUCAGAAACAGUGAUGUGCAGAAAGGAAUCUUGUGGGUUUCAUCAGGAUCCUGUGUUACGGUAAAUUUCUCAUCAGGCCAAGGGAAGGACAAUAAAUUUCAUCUUAGUGUGGCAGAGAGUGUAGCGUCAUGUGGGGAUAUACUGGGCACCAACACUGGUAACAAAAAUCAUACAUUUGUGGGUUCACUUCCAGCCAACCCUGGAAUUAACAACAAAUGCGUCUGGAUCAUUGUUGUAAACACAGGACGAAUUGAGCUGGUGUUUAAAGACAAAUUUCAGGUGACAAGCCGUGCUCAGGAUUGUAAAGAGAAUUUUGUCCAAGUGCAAGAUGGUAGAUACAGUACUUCACGUGUGCUUGGGACCUUCUGUGGAACGUCAAGGCCAUACCCUGUGUACUCCACGGGUCGUUAUCUGAGAGUAACAUUACACGGCAGUAAAUCUGGCUUAGACUCAAGGCACUCCUUCAAGGCACAGUAUACAAAUGUUGAUAGCACCCCUGCUCCCCCAGCUGAGUACUGUGAUGGUGACCUUAACCUGCCCAAAACUGGAGGUACAUUUCAGACACCUCGUUACCCAGGGCAGUACCCGGCCGACUUACGAUGUAUCUGGAAAAUAGAAGCUGCAGAAAAUGACAAGAUUAUCCUGAGAUUUCGCGAGUUUGAUGUUGAAGGUGAUUCACAAGAGUGCCCCGAUAACUCGGACUAUGCUCAAGUGUUCAAUGGCCUGGCCAGCUGGUCACCGAUUAUCGGCCGUUACUGCGGCAGUGUAAUUCCAUCGUCCAUCGAGUCCAAAACAAACAAGUUACGAAUCGAGUUCCGGUCCAAUAGUCAAUACGCUGGUCGAGGAUUUGAUGCCGUGUUUACUGUUGAAAGUGACGUUAAAGCUGGACAAACGAGGAAUCAUUUUACCGGGAUUAUGAUUGGUACAACUUGUGGCAUCAUCUUUAUAGUGCUUAGUGCCCUGGCCAUUUUUCACACACAGAAAUUACGGCGUCAGCGUGCACAGAGCCGGCGAUUAGAAGUGGCCAGCACAGCUUCCUUUGAUGUACAUCAAGCUAAUGCUCCUCCUUCCUAUGAAACAGUCAUGGCAUCCCCGGACCUCUUCCCAUCUAAGGAACGGCAAAUGUCGCGUGGCUACGCUGGUGCGCCACACCUUCACCAGGAAAUAAGCCACUUACUGGGUGACGCUGAGUCCGAUGACGAAGACCUUCCGCCUUAUCCCGGACUUUCCAGCCGGGACGGGACAAUUGAAUUUUGUUUUGGGCCGGCCCCGGUGGAAAGGAGACGGUCACAGUCGAAAGAACGUCACGUGUCCGAAUCCGAGCAACCCUCGUGCCAGAUUUCAGCGGUUUGGUAUCGACGCGGGCCGGGGGCUGUGUCGUCGUCGCCAAAUGUUCGGGAUCUCGAUUCAGCUUCGGAAAAUCAGGCAACAACUCUUGAGCGGCAGCAUUCCAAAGAAGCGUCGAGACCCAGACUGGAGAGAAUGGACACGAGUAGCAGUUUUGUGACGGAUGUCUGAAAGUGAUAUCGUGAAAUUGAGUUUUGCGGAUCGAAAAUCUGAGUGGAUGGGAGUUGUCUUCCAAUUUUGAAAAGAACGAUCAUUCCAACAGAUUUAUCGAGCUUACAAACUUCCGCGUGGAACGUGAGAGGAAAUUUCAACCGACACAAGCUGUUCAAGGUGUUAUAAAUCGUAGCGUGAAGCAAAGUUGCUUUUCAACGACUGCACUGGAUCACAUUGGAUUAAUAUAGAACAAAGUACAAGUGGAAAGGCAUUUUAUUUUUUAACCUUAGGAGAUAAGUUGGACGUAAUCGCUUGUAGUUUAGGUUGGCAAAGGUUUUCCUUGUUUACAACAUUUGCUUCAGUAGCAUAAGCGCUUCAGUCUCUAAUUGAGCUACAACAACAUUGAAAGAACAUUGCCCAAGUAUUUUGAGCCCGACACGUUUUGUUUCACGCGGGUUUCGUGACUCCGAAUACAACGAAUGUAUGGGCUCUGUCACUCACCCCCAGAAAUUUUGCCGACUUUUGAAAGAAAAUUUAUUCGUUUUUAUAAUAUAGAUAGGACCCUGCUCGCGUUCUGAUUAGUCGAAAAUCCAUCUUUUAUUAGAGUAUAAAACAUAGAAAAAGCAUGUUUUAUAGUUUUUCGCCACAUUACCUCUAUAUCAUGAAGCCAAUGAAGA